AUGGAUACCGCUACUGCAAUUUUCAUACCCAAAGAUGGUGAUCCUGCCCAAAGUCUAGCAGGUCAAUUCAACUUUACUCAAACUACACCUACAAAAGUUCAUGUUAGCGGUCAAUUAACAAGUGGGAUGCCCAAUAAAGAUAUCAAGCUUUAUAGAUUUUGGAUUGUUUCAGACAUUCUUGGAAUGAUUUUUUAUGAGUUAACUGAAGGAUUCAUUAAAAGCAAUGAAAUUGAAGGAUGGAGCAUUAAUGAUAAUGGCGGGACUAGCAUUUUGCAGAGUGAUGAAGACAACAAGUUUAGCGUUAAAGGGACCCAUGGAAUCGUUGAUUUAAGAUUACAAAUUUCUUUAGAUGAUAAUAUUAUUGGAUCGGCUCAAAUUAAAGAGGAAGCCUAG